AUGGGCUCCAUGGGCUCACUGCCCGCCCUCAGAGACUUUCCACACUUCUACUAUGCAGUAGUAGGCAGCGCCGUUGCCGUCGCUACGCUCUUCAAUGUCUACAACUACCUGCUAUAUCGACAAAGAUUAUCUGCAGCAGGACGUGGUGCCCCAACACCUGCAAAGCCAAAGUCAUGGCUUGCGCUUGGAAACGCGACCACAUAUGCUCUGACCCGAGAGGCAUCCAGUUAUUCGAUACAUAUACCCAUCAAAGGCCGGACCAUUAGAUUACCCACCGUCGGUCGAACCUCACUGAUCUUGGCAAACGUGGUUGUGCUUGUCGUGCUGUGUCUCUAUGGGCUGGAUCUGCACGAUGUACUCAAUCGGGAGAGCGUCGGCUUUCGAUGUGGUGUUGUCACAAUCGCACAGUUCCCAAUCAUUGUCCUGCUGGCAGGCAAGAACAAUAUCAUCGGCCAUCUCAGUGGGAUAAGCUACGAGCGACUCAACUGGAUGCAUCGGUGGUGUGCUCGCUGUAUGCUCUUGACAGCUACCAUGCACAUGGGCUGGUUCUUCAGUGCAUGGGCGCCUUACGAUUAUAUUGGCUACCAGCUCCAGAACAACAGGAUUGUAUGGAAGGGUCUUGCUGCCUGGUGUGCCUUGUUCUGGAUUGUUUUUAGUUCCAUGUCGCCAAUCCGAGGGUGGAGUUACGAGAUAUUUGUCAUCCAGCACAUCAUCUCCUUUGCGGUUUUCCUGGCGUUCGUCUACCUCCAUAGCCCCAGUGAGAUGCAUGGCUACGUCUGGGCACCGGUUGCCAUUUUCCUGUUUGAUCGCGUCUUCCGAGCUUUGCGGCUCUUGUAUCUCAACGUCUCGUUCUUUCACCCCACGCAAAGACAGCAAGAAAACAUCAAAGGCUUUCUGACGUGCCAAGCCGAAUUCACACCCCUAUCGCAUAACACAACAAAGAUAGUUGUCCGAAACCCACCAAUGAGCUGGAAACCUGGUCAACACGUAUACUUAUCCUGUCAAGCAGUUGUGCCCUUACAGAGCCAUCCCUUCACUAUUGCCACAAUACCUGAAGAUGGGCGGAUGGAGUUUUAUGUCAAGGCUGAAAAGGGCGGCACAAAGCGCUUCCACAGCUUUGCUGAAAAAUCAAGCAGUUCAUCUGAAGCAUUAGCAAAGACCAGAUCGGUAACGUUUGAGGGCCCUUAUGGUACCCUGCGACCACUCCGACAGUUCGACAGUGUUGUUCUUGUGGCAGGCAGUACCGGAAGCACCUUCACAAUGCCAUUACUUCGCGACCUAAUCCGGGGCUGGCAGGAAAACGCCAACCGUAGUACUCUGAAACCCAAGUCGCUCCUCCAGACACCGCUUGGCGCCGUCACACGUCAUAUCCGUUUUGUCUGGGUUGUGAAGAGCAGUGGCCAGCUCAACUGGUUUUCCGAACAACUCACCUCCAUCUACGUCGAAUUCCAAACCCUACAGGAAAGACUCCGGGACAUCAAGCUCGAAAUGAGCGUCUACAUCACCUGUGACCUAUCCUUCACCGAAGGCCAAAAAUCUCUCGUCUCAGACAUACUCCCUCCCACAGCAACCUCAUCAUCACGCCAAGACGAAAUCAUACAUGGCACCCCGCAUUACAACGACCCCAAAUCUUCCUCCCUCCCCUCCCAAAACAAAUCCACUACCACCGAGAAACAAGAAAUCCACCAGAUCCGCUCAAACGAAACAACAAGUCUAGAAGUCCAAGACCCAUCCAGCAUCCAAAGCCCAAUCGGCCCAUCCACCUGCUACUGUCGCGCCAUCAUCUCAGAAAAAGACCCACUCACCCGCAGAACCGCAUGUUGCUGCUCAGCCAACACGUCAUCACCCCGCAACUCGCAUUCGCGUACUACUUCUCUGACGAUUACGCAUCCGUCCAUUGCUAUUCUGGCGGGACGCCCCCAGUUACGUGAUAUCAUUCGCAAGUCGCUCGAGCAGGCGUGGGGAGAGAGCGGCGUCGUUGUUUGUGGACCACAUGGUUUGGUGAGUGAUGUUCGGCGGCAUGUUGUGGCGUUGAGUGAUGAGAGGGCGGUGCAUAAGGGAACGGGGGCGCAGGGGAUUUAUUUGCAUACUGAGAGUUUUGGGUGGUGA